AUGUGGGGUGACCCGUCGAGAAGAAACCAGAACUUGUACUGUACUUACCACAAGGAUAAAGGGCAUAUCACCGAGCAAUGCAGGGUGUUAAAAGAUCAUCUAGGGCAGUUGGUGAAGGCAGGGUAUUUAAAGGAUUUUGUGGUGGAUUCGGGAAAUCAAGAUACCGGGCAGCGUACUCGACAAAGGGGGAACUUUCUCCCAUCCCCAUUGGGAGUGAUUGAGGUCAUCCAUGCAACCUCGAGGGGUACUACGGUAACUAAAAGGAAAGUGGUACUGGUCGUGGUGCCAGCAGGAUAUUGCUCGAGCGAACAGCCCUUUAAGAAGAAGUUGAGGUUCACUUGGGAACCAAUUACUUUCAACAACAAUGAUCUCGAAGGAACGAUUCAGCUGCACGACAAUGCUUUGGUGGUGGCAGCCCGAAUAAAAUGGUUUUAUGGUAAAAAGGGUAUUGAUGGAUCAGGGGAGUGGUGCUGA